UUCUGCUUCAGUUCUAUCAAAUCUGAGCAGAGGCAAGACUCUGUCUGGCUGUCGAGUUUUCCUGCGAAUUUAAUUGAACUUUUAUCCAAAAUGUCUGAGGAACAACUAAUUUCUGUUCCAAAUGAGCAACCUACCAUUGCUUUGAGGGCUUCAACAGGGAGUUCCAACAAGAAGGCACUGAAGGUGGCAGGACUGGCGGUGUUGGCUGCCUUGCUCAUCGCAGGUCAGGCCUUCACUGCCUACUCGGUGUACAAGCAGAGCGAGAAGCUCAGCCUGCUGGAGAGACGCUCAGACCGUCUGCAGGAGAUGACCGUCAGGGCCAGGGCUAAUCGCACUCCAAUGAAGAUGGCCGUACCCAUGAGCUCCUUCCCUCUGCUGGUUUCUGAUUUCUCAGAUAAGAAGGUGGAGUCCACUCCUCCUCCUGAAGCACCUCUGACUAAGUGCCAGCAGGAGGCUGCAGGUUUGGUCCAAGUCUCUCUGCCAUUGUUCAAGCCCAAGUGUGAUGAGCACGGUGCCUACGAACCUGAGCAGUGCUGGCAGAAUGCUAGGUGCUGGUGUGUGGACGAGAAUGGAACUGCAGUUGCUGACUCUGUGGUGGAGGGCCGUGCUCAGUGCAGUGCCACAAAGGUUUAGAAUCUGCCAAUAAGAACUGAGGGAUGAAUAUCCACAUCCACAUGAAGACUCUUUUUUUCCAUUUUCUUUUUCUGGCUUUCAGAAAUUAAAGUAGUGUGAAACAUUAAAUACUGUUAUGAGCAGACAUUAAGCGCAUUACACAUUUUUGGGAUAGUUGGUUAAAAUAAAGCUUCAUAAGCAUCAUAAUAUAAUGAUAAGCAUAAUGCACUGUCUUGGUUAGUUUGGGCAUGUUCUGAGAAACUAUUCUUACUUUGUUAUAUCAUAUUUUAACAGAAUAUGCUUAUUAUCCUUUUCAUUUAUUAAACUACAGUGUGUGAUAAGACACUGAGUAGUGCAUGAUAUUAAUGAGAAUAUAAUGAAUUUGGACAACUAAAAUUGGUGAAAAUAAAUUUGUACUAACAAAA